CCAUGCGCAUURCUACUCRAAAUCCAAAAUGGCGGACAAGAUCAGUUCUUUGCAGUCUUUGUCRGACUAUGGUCUUGGCGACAGCGAUAUUGAAGAUUCAGAYAACGAAAACGAAGAAACUWCUACAAAACUUUCUAGGGUGAAUUCUGCACCUUUUGUUUCUGCGGCUCCAAGGGUAGUUACAACAAGCUCUAGAUUGGUAUCUUAUGGUGAUGAAGAUGAAGAAGAACUAGCAGCGAGCCAUGGGGGCACAGAUGCCAUAGUUGUAGAAGAUUUAGAUCAUUCACCUGAACAAGAAAGUGGAGUACCUAGUACAGAAGAGAAAAAACCAAAAGAAAAUGAAGAGAAAGAUGCAAAUGAAAACAGUGGUAAGAAUGUGGUGUAAAUUUGAUUUCCCAUA